UUCAGAUGGCAUAUGUCUGGCUUCAGAGUCCCUUUCUUUUUUGACACUAAACUAGAGGAAUGCUGCUGUUCAGGUAAUGGAUAUUCACUGUAUUGUGCAGUCUUCGUGGAUGCAAUGCCAUGUCUUAAGUGUGUGGGUGGAUGUAAUCAGCAAUCCAUAUUCACAUUAUGUCUUAUUGCUACCCAUCAUCACCUUAAUUAUCUCACUAACUGUCUAACAUAAUACCUCAUACACAUUUAUUACUGCAUGCCUUUCGUCAAUAGACAGAAUCUUCUUGUUUGUCUUUUGUAACCAGAUUGACCCAUCAUGUGUACUUUCGGUUGCCAGAGGCUUGACUUGAGUUUUCUUAGGAGCUUAACUACUGAAGUUUCUGCAUGACCAUGACCAAGUCUUUUACCCUUUUAUCCUUGCACUUAUAAAUGACUGAUGAUAAUUUUAUUUCAGAAUGCAUAAAACACUAUAUUUCAGCAGUAAUUAGAGCAUGUAUGCUAAGUAUUGUUCAUUAGCAACAGCAGGCGAAUCAAGACAUGGAUACAGGCACCAUUUGUAGCCUUCUGUGCAAGUUUUACCCUUGCAUGUUGCUCCAAUGUUUGGAUCUGAAGUUUGUAUGCCAUCCUUCUCAGUCUUAUGAACUAAACAGCCACCUGCCAGCUGGUGAGACAUUAAAUGCAUGAACUUGUGAACAAACAUGAUGAGUCCUCAUCAGUAGCCACUCCCAGUACUUGGAGGUGGUGCAUGCAGUGUGAUGUGCUUUGACUGACCAGGCAUCCUGCUCAUCAAAUGUUCUGGUGCUUGCUGCCUGCAUGACUUACCCUCAAACAUCCAUGGUCUGUUCUUCCCUUGACUGGCAUCCCAGACCUUGAAGCAUGGUGAACAGCAUGCGAUGAAGAGGUGCAGAAACUAACACAACAACUUCAUGUGACAGUUGCACAUCAUGCUCCUCCAGAAUUCUCCAGACCACUGCAGCCAUAUGUGGAGAUAGAACCUGGUCAAACGGCCAGACUAGAGGCAGAAACUUCUGCUGAACCUGUGUCGAGAAUGACAUGGUAUGUUAAUGGCAUAGAACUGAGGCCAACAGAAAGAACUCGCAUUGUAAAGGAAGGUCGCACCAUUGUGUUGAUUAUUAUCAAUGUGGCACCCCAGGACUCUGGAGAAUACACAUUGAAACUGGAGAAUGAACGAGGGGAAGUAACCUGCAAGACCACACUGGUGAUCAAGGGUCGACAAAAAGUAGUGGAGCUCCCAGAUUUAGAAAAAACAGAGACAUUGACUUUCACUCGCACUGUUACCACUGUACAGCGAGAGGAGCAAGUUGUCACUCAACUGGUCAAGCCAGUUGUUGUCACACCAUUGGAACCAGAAAUAUACGUUCGAGAACGAGGCAUUGCCAGAUUGGAGUGCCAAAUCGAUUCCUAUCCACCUCCACUGGUAACAUGGUUUGUGAAUGGAGUGGAAAUUAAACCUUCACCCCAUUACGAGAUUAUUUUUGAAGAGGGCAAGAGCACACUGCUUAUCAUUGAAGUUGGCCCUGAGGACACAGGGGAAUACACUUGCCGAGCUGUGUCUGAACUUGGUGAAGCUAUCAGCAGUACUACUCUCUAUGUCCAAGAGCCUUUGAAGGAGGAGAUGCCUACAAUGCCAGCCCAGACCCUGGCGGUGGAACCCUCACCAAUGAUGGAAGGAAUGGUGGCGCCACAGUUCUUGGAGCCAUUACCCACGCUUCAAGCUAUAGACGGCCAGGAGAUAAAGAUGAGCUGUCGUGUGGCAGGUGUCCCUAUGCCUCGCAUUUCUUUCUUCCAUGAUUCUAAGAACAUAGAUGAGGAUGAGGAAUUUGUCAUCACCUAUGACAAAGAGACUGGAGAGAUAAGCCUCAUCAUUGUGGAAGUCUUCCCAGAGGACCAGGGCCAGUAUAUUUGUGUUGCUGAGAACCCUGCUGGUCAGGCCACUACUACUGCUUACUUAACUAUAAUUGAAUCUGAAGAAACUACCAUGGAACUUGAAGCUCAGCCUCAAGAGAUAACUGCUUACAGCUGGAGAAGAAGUUGUCUUUACAGUUCAAAUCCCAACAGCCGAAGAGCCCAUGGAAACAGAAGAACAGAAGCUUGUUGAGGAAGAGACCAUCUUUGUGUCAGAAGUUAGAGAGGAAGAGGUUGUUCCUUCAGUCAUUGACAGACCCAAAGUGGAACCUCUUGUUAAAGAGGAGCUUCUGAUUGAAUCCCCUAUCUUUGAAUCUCCCAUUCCUGA